UAGGCGAUCGAAAUGAGUUCUUCUAUUUUAUGGGAUCGAAAAUUAAAUGCUAUUCGUCCGCCUUCUUCGCCUGCUGCUGGCCUUUUCCCUAUUCAAGAGUAAGCAUUAUAGUUUCCGUCUCCGUUGUGUCCAUCUGCAUACUUCCUCGGCAAAAUAGCGGCAAACCGCACCGAAGGCACGGCAGCAACUCUAACGUAGCGAUGGGCGUAGGAGUCUCAAAAGACGGCCUCAGACUUAUUCGCAAUAACUCGUUCUCGGAGUCGCACACGCCGGUAUUUGCGUGGAUUACAUGCUGGUAGUUUUAGUUUAUUUUGCUCCGAAAUCACGAACCAGACACCAGGCCUGCGGUAUCCGCGAUCAAUCCGCCUCCAAGAAACAAAUACCCCGCGCAGCAUGCGGCGUUAACCUUUCUCAAGGUGAUGGUCAAGGACUUGGAGCUGGCGAUCUUCUUAGCAGCCGCUGCCUGGCCAGAAUAACACAUGAAUGGGGCGAGCUCCACGUACUCCGAUGUUUCGUCGCUACUACCGCUACUGCUCAGCGCCAACUGUGAUGCUCAGGCGUUACCACUGUGCGGGGGCAGUCAAACUCCAUUUGCGGAUGAGGCAUACCACCAAUGGCGGGCUGGCUAUUCGAUGAUUGCGCGUAGAUAUUGUUUUGGGUGGCUAUUUGCAUGGUGGACGGCCUUAAUGGGGUAGGGGGCGGGGUGGCAUCCAUAUCCGUGUUCGAACUGGCCGAUGAUGCGAUUUUUUAUAUAUACCCCUAAGUAGUUGCCCGUGUCGCCUCAGUUGGUUGACAAACGCUAACCGAAUCGAAUCGAACCUCUGAAUCUUUGAAUUGGAAGAUCAAAUUGUAUUGCAAGGUGUUGGUCACGUAGGUGUGAUCAUCAUCAGUGUGUCGCGCCGCGGAGUGGCACCAGUAGUAUAAUUACGAAAUUCAAUCGAUCCACGCGAGCAGAAUCGCGAAUAGCUAAACCGUCGUAUCCGGCCUGUUGUUUUAGAUCCACGGGAGGGUCCAACAAUAGCGAACCAUGCGUGUCUGUGGCCGUUCCGGACUGUCCCAGACAGGACCGACCAUCUUCACGGCUGCCAACCAGAAGGCUCGGUUUCUGCUGGCGUUGCUGGUGUUCGCGAACGUUUGGCUAGUCACCUUAGGUACGCAAAGGACCGUCUAUCGGGCAGGUGACGAAAUCGUGACCAUAACGCGCACCAAAGUCGACUCGACGGCCGGUGCGGACAGGUUGGCUCCGGGCUACUCUUACUAUAGCUACACAGCCCCGCAAGCCGUCCAACAGCAGCCCGAAAUCGUGUACUACACGAACGCGAACGGGAUCACUACGAGGCAGUAUCAGAGCGCGGCCGGAACCGUCACCGCUGCAACCCGCCGCAUUCUCUACGAUGACGGAACGGCGUCGGAAGGCACUGGAUCCGUUCCUUUUAUCCUUCAGUUUGCUUUUGGACAGGGAUGUUCGCGCAACCCGUGCGGAGUAGGCGCCACGUGUCAGGAAACGGCCGGCGGCCGUCCGGUUUGUUCCUGUCCAGCGGGCUACAGUGGCAAUCCGCUCGUCCAGUGUCGCCGUGACGAAUGUCUUGAUCAUAGCGAGUGCCGCAGCGAUCAGGCCUGCCGUAACGGGAAUUGCGUCAAUCCCUGUGCGGGCGUCUGUGGCAUCAAUGCGAACUGCGAGGUUCGCAACCACGUGCCGGUGUGCAGCUGCCCACGGGGACGAACUGGAGAUCCAUUCAGCAGCUGUCGGCUACAAGACCCAGAGGAACUUUGUCGGCCCAGUCCUUGUGGAUCCAACACAAAAUGCAACGUCGUUAAUGGAGUACCAACGUGUUCCUGCUUAACGGGAUACAUCGGUUCACCAUUGUCGGGAUGCCGGCACGAGUGCGAAUCGGAUGUCGAAUGCAGCGCCACUCAAUACUGCAGCCAGUUCAAAUGUGUGAAUGGAUGCAAUCAGUGCGGCAAGGGUGCCACGUGUGCCCGCGUUACUGGCCACCGGGCAGUUUGCGAAUGUCCGAAGGGUUACAUCGGUAGUCCGUUUAGCGAGUGCCGUCCAGAGUGCUUCGGUGAUCGAGAUUGUCCGGCUGGACGUCCCGCUUGCAUCUAUGGUAUAUGCAAGAAUCCCUGCGAAGGGGCGUGCGGUGUUGGAGCGGACUGUAAUCUGCGCGGACUGACCCCGGUUUGCAGCUGCCCACGUGACAUGACCGGUGAUCCGUUCAUUAGCUGCCGACCAUUUACAAAGGAGGAUCUCUGUAGCCCGAAUCCGUGUGGUACGAAUGCCGUCUGUACGCCGGGAUACGAUCGUAGCAACCAGGAACGACCGGUCUGUACCUGCCCACCGGGAUACACAGGAAAUGCCCUGAGUGCGUGCGUUCGGGGUGAAUGCCAAAGCGACAGCGAGUGUCCGGAUCAUAAGGCGUGCAUCUCGUACCAGUGCGUUGAUCCAUGCGCUGGGCAGUGUGGUGUCGGUGCUCAAUGUCAAGCGAAGCGACAUCUGGCCGUUUGUACCUGCCCCGCCGGAACUCAAGGUGAUGCGUUGGUGUCUUGCCGAACCGCUCGCAACUAUCCAGUAGCUCGAUACAAUAAGAAGCGAAGUGCCACUCCCUAGAACUACUUCACAUGGCUUCCGGAAUGUUGCCGCACCAUGGAAAACAGCGACGCUGUGCCUUCUUCGUUCACUUGUUACUUUACCCUCCUAGCUGUUUUACUACAUUAACGCGAGGUUUAAGUUGAUGCGAUUGUACAUCGACUUUCGAAAUUAACGAUCUUUUCUCUCUUAGCUGCCGUACAUACUCUUGCCUUUAAAAAAAUGUUGCUAAUAAGCCUAUUGUAAAUGCAACGCCUAAUUCUAAUAAAAGUAUUUAUUAAAUGUU